CACCUUCAAGCGAUUGUGAACUUAGAGGUUAUAUUCGUGUUCUGUCCGUCGGCAUUCGGCAUAAUAUUCACGCUCUACUUAUAACAAUACUGUAGCACCCAAUAGUCAGUAUGAGUGGUGAACCUCAAGCAAAGCGCACCAAAAUGAGCGCCCUUGACCAGCUAAAGCAGGUAUCUACGGUGGUCGCCGACACCGGGGAGUUUGAAGCCAUGAAGGCUUACAAGCCUACAGAUGCCACCACUAACCCCAGUCUGAUCCUGUCGGCUGCGGCAAUGGAGCAGUACCAGCACAUUCUGGAUAAAGCCAUCAAGCAUGGCAAGGAUACUGGCAGCACCAUCGAGGAACAAGUGAGCGAAACACUGGACAUGCUGAGUGUGCUCUUUGGAUGUGAGAUCCUAAAAAUCAUCCCUGGCCGAGUGUCUGUUGAAGUUGACGCCAGACUGUCAUUCGACAAAGAAGCCAGCAUUGCGAAGGCUAUCAAGCUCAUCAACGCCUUCUCCGAGUAUGGCAUCAAGAAGGAGAGGAUCCUUAUCAAGCUGGCAUCCACUUGGGAAGGCAUCCAGGCUGCCAAGGAAUUGGAGAAGAAACACGGUAUCCAUUGCAACCUGACGCUGCUGUUUUCGCUCUACCAAGCCAUCGCGUGCGCGGAGGCUCAUGUCACCCUCAUCUCGCCGUUCGUCGGCAGGAUCCUGGACUGGCACGUGGAGCAUACAAAGAAAACGUACGAGGCCAAGGAGGACCCCGGCGUGCUGUCCGUCACCCGCAUCUUCAACUACUACAAGAAGUUCGGCUACAACACACAGGUGAUGGGCGCGUCGUUCCGCAACACGGGCGAGAUCCGCGAGCUGGCGGGCUGCGACCUGCUCACCAUCAGCCCCAAGCUGCUGCAGGAGCUCGCCGCCAGCGACCGGCCGCUGCCAAAGGUGCUUGACUCAAAAACGGCGGCAAAGAGCGAUAUAGAGAAGGUAUCGCUAACGGAGGCCCAGUUCCGCUGGCAGAUGAACGAGGACCAGAUGGCCACGGACAAGCUCUCGGACGGGAUCAGGAAGUUCGCCGCCGACACAAGGAAACUAGAGACCCUCAUCCGGAGUCUGCUAGCCAAGAAGUGAAACACCACUAGGCAGUGAAUAUGUAAUAAGUAUCAUUUUCGU